UGUGUGAGUGAGAGGGCAUCUGGGAAAGGCAGCAGCCGGUGUAAGUCUGGGAGGUCUGGGGGUCAGUUUUCUGCUCUCAACUGUCUCCACAGAAAGCUCUACAAGAUAGGGGCUGAAAGAAUGAGAUGGACAGACGACUGGUAGGACUUCCCAGUGUGUCAGCAACCUUCAGAAGAAUUGAAUAAGAGGAAAUCGCCUUAUAGGCCUCUUUAAAGCCGGUUGCCCCGUAGGAAGAAGCCUUACUCUACUGCAGGAUGUGUAUGAGUGUGCAGGGUGCCGGCGUGGGGCAUAGGGCAUGCCACUGGUCCUUGAAGGGUUAAUGGUACUGCCUGCAAACCACAUCGACUCCCCUGGGAGCUUGGAGAUCCCUCUCAUUUUAAGUAACCCUAAGGCAUGAUGAGCAAGGGCAAAGAAAGAGCCAGAAGGAGACAGACUGCACACGGAACUGCGGGCUACAAGGCGCAGGCCUGAGGUCCACACUGAACCCUUUCUCUCCUACCAUACGCUAUGCACUGUAACUGCUUCCUGGAAGGCAUCCUGACCACCCCUGUCAACUACUGGAUCUCAGGUCUGGCCUUCCCCAAUUGGGCCUACAAAGCUGAGUCGUCGCCAGGCUCCAGGCAGAUCCAGCUGUGGCAUUUCAUCCUGGCACUGCUGCAGAAGGACGAGUUCCGCCAUGUCAUCGCCUGGCAGCAGGGAGAGUAUGGGGAGUUUGUCAUCAAGGAUCCAGACGAAGUGGCUCGCCUCUGGGGCCGCAGGAAGUGCAAACCACAGAUGAACUAUGACAAGCUGAGCCGGGCCCUCAGGUAUUACUACAAUAAGAAGAUCCUGCACAAGACCAAAGGCAAGAGGUUUACCUACAAGUUCAACUUCAGUAAGCUCUCUGUAGCCAACUGUCCUCCAUGGAAAGUGUGGGCACCCUCUACCCCUCACCUGCUGUUGGGGUCCACUGCAUUGUGUCAGCCAGCCUUGGUGCCUGUGGCUGUUCAGAGUGAGCCCCUGCAUAGCACGCUGUACACCCACUGGGCCACAGAAACACAGCUGGCUGGAGAGAGGACCUCAUGGGAGCCACUGGAAACAUCUGGGGAGAAGGGGAACAGCAGCUUCGAUGGUUUCGGUUCAGCCCUGGGCCCAGGCUGGCAAGGAUCUUGCUGCUGUUUCCUGAACCUCCAAGGUGACCUUCCCAGCGUUGCUUCCUUCACUCCUGCACCCCGCCUCCGCUGUAACUGGACCCACCUCUCAGGGCCCAUCUUGCCUCCUUUCUCUUCAGAGCAGCCACUUUCAGGGUCCUCCAAGCCUGGUCCUCGGCUCCCAGGCCCACUGUGUAUGCCAGGUGCUUGGCAUUUUCCAGGACUCCCCCUGCUGGCCAGGCUGAGACAGGGCACUAGUGAGCGGCUUCAGCGCCGGUUUCUCAGGCCUGAGGAAUUGGUGGUAAAUCCAGGGCCAAAGGGACACCUGGAUUCCAAUGAGGGACUCUCCUCAGAGAUUCUGGGACUCAGACCUGGGAAAGGAACUUCCAUGUUCCACAAUCCAGAGAACCUCAGAGCCAUGUGGCCUUUGGAUCCCUCUUAAUUGGAGAGAAAGAGGUCAAGGGGUGGCCCCUCCCCUUUCCUCCAACUCCACUUUUGCACCUCCUCCUAGCCAGACUCACUGGAGAACCUAGAGGAUGAAGCUGGAUCAAGGUGGGGCAAACGUAGGCUUGAGGAAACUGAGGUGGUGACCCUCCCCUCCAAUCAAAUUGUUAUCGGACUAAGGAGACAUUAUUAAUCUCAAAUUUUUUGGAGAUAAAUGAGAUUAAGGGUUUCCGUCACUGAAUUGCCCCAUGCCUGCCCAGAGGAGGGAAUUAAGUCACUAGGCUGGGGCAGACAGAGCUUGUUGGGCUUAAGUCUUAGGAUCUCCUUCUUCCUCUGGGCUCAUUUCCCCGUUGUGUCUAAGGGUUCCAGGACCCCUGGUACUCUUCACAUGUUUCUCUGCCCUCCCUCUGACUGCUCAGCCACUAGGAAACUCUGUCCCAGGAAGGUUCUUGCAGGUGCAGAGUGAGGGAGGAGUUGGUUUUCUCAUCUCUGCAGGACACCAUUGCUAGCUGUGAAUAAAAAUGCCCUUGGCAAACUGCCCUCUUGGCCAAGAGCCUUUCUCCAGUGCA